UUUCAGCGAGGAGGUAUUUCUCGGAGCAGCGGCGGCGGACGUCGGGCGGCAGCUGGCAACACUGAGCGGCCACAACAGAUCGACAAGGCUCUGUGGAUGUCUCUCUUAUGACACAAUUCCAGCGCAAUGUCUAACUUCGACGACAACCCCUUCGCCGACCCUUUCUCGGAGCCCUCCAUCCAGCAGGCGACCCGCAACACAACAAGUGGCCUGGAGGAGUAUGACCCCUUCAGUGGCAAGCCAGCCACCCAAAAUGUUCCAACAACUCAAAUUGGCAAUACAGGGAACCCACCCAACUAUGUACAGCCCACCGUAGGAAUGGGUGGGCAGCCGGCAGUAGUCAACUCCACACCCGCACCGGCCAACCCUCCAGCCUACACACCAUCAGCCCAGCAGCAGGUCACCACAGCAGAGUUCCAGAGGCGGCAGGAAGAACUUGAAAGAAAGGCUGAAGAAUUAGCCCGAAAGGAAGAGGAGCUGAAGAAUGCUGGAAAUGGGACCGCUCGGCAGGACAACUGGCCGCCACUGCCAACCUUCUGCCCGGUUGGACCGUGCUUCUACCAAGACAUCAAUGUUGAUAUUCCUUUGGAAUUCCAGAAAAUUGUCCGCAUGCUUUAUUACCUAUGGAUGUUCCAUGUGUUGAUGCUGAUGCUGAACAUCCUUGGAGGACUGAGCAUGUUCAUCGCCCUCUCUGACGGGGCAACCUUUGGCCUGGCCAUUGUCUAUUUCUUCAUCUUCACUCCAUUUUCUUAUGUAUGCUGGUUCAGGCCAGUCUACAAGGCAUUCAGGAGUGACAGCUCCUUCAACUUCAUGGUGUUCUUCUUUGUCUUCUUCUGCCAACUGGUUGUGAGCAUCAUCAAUGCUAUUGGAAUUCCAUCAACAGGCAGCUGCGGCUUCAUCCUGGGACUAUCCACUUUGGCCACCGACAAUUCCCCAGCAAAUUACAUUGUUGGGAUCAUUGUGUUCAUGAUCGCUCUGGGUUUUGCAGCAGUGGCUGCUAUUGAUGCCAUCCUCCUCAUUAAGGUGCACCGCAUCUAUCGUAGCACUGGGGCCAGCUUUGCCAAGGCCCAGGCUGAGUUCUCCCAAGGUGUGAUGAGAAAUGAGCACGUCCAGAGCGCGACAGCCAACGCAGCAUCAGCAGUAAUACGUAAUCAGAUGAACCAAGCCACCACUCCAGGCACCAAUUCUACAAGUCCACGCUUCUAAGAGUUGCUGACUUAAGAUUGGUACCCAAGUCUGAUAGCAGCCAAUCCUGAGACUAGAGGCCAUGAGUAGCCUCCUCUGUGUCCAAAUCCUUGGUAUUGUUGCCUCAUGAUUUGCCAGGAAUAGAAGAAUUGUAUAGGCCCUAUUGUCCUCACAUAUUAUUCUACUUGUAAAGUUCAUUAAAGGCAUCUUGUGCUGUGGGUUUAACAAACUUUUGUGGUAACAAGGAGUCUGCUUUCUUUUGUGUGUGUGAUUUAUAGAAAUGAUGUAAACCAAGACUAUGAUAUGCUGGUUUACCCAUAUUUCAGGGUUUAGUGUUGUGCACAGCUUAAGAGUGCAGGUCCUGCUGGCUUGGGAGCAGGCUGAUUCAUUAUAUCUUUUGUCUGAUUAUUGACAAAUUCUUCCUACUCUUCCUUAUUAAUGAGUAUUUGGCCUUAAUGUAUGUACUUAAGAGGUUGCCAUCACAUUGUCCCUUUGACCAUACUUGUCAUUACAUAGGGUAAGUUAGGUAAAUAAUAGUUGACAGAUAUGAUUAGGGGGAAGAAGCUUAGUAAAAGGAAGGUAAUUUUUAUUAGAUAUAUUUAUGAUGAUACAGAGAUGGCAAAUCAAAAUUGGCAGUGUCUUGUAUUUGAAAUUUUAUGGGGAUGACAAUAUAGGGGAAGAAGGUUACCGAUACUGUUGCAAGAUCAGCUUAUAACAAUAAUGGGUGGUUCGGUUGCUAAGGUAGUAUGCAAAUAAUAUUGAUAAUAUUUAUAACUACAUUUGGAAAAUAUAAUUUCCUGGGAAACUGAAAGAAGUUGGUGACAAAAUAGUCAUUGAAAAUGAGUUGUAUGGGAGGGUGUAGAAUAUUCAUCUAUAGUAGUACAAUAGAGCAUUAGAGUUUUACAAUAAUGCUGCUACAUAAAUAAGUAUGGCUCCAUUCCUGUUUGUGCAAAUACUUCAUACACUAAUGUUUCCAAGAUAAUACGUAUUUGUCGCAUGUUUGUACAGAAGCACGUAAGGAACUGGGAUGAAAGUUGUUUUCAAAUCUGACAUACUCUAAAGAAUAACAAGAUUAGUAUAGAAGCAUGUGUAGAGAAAUGUGAUAAAAAUUAUUCAUACAUCUGGCAUACUUGUAUUGAUGGUUGGAACAUUGAAAGAGCUAAAGAAGUGUGGGAAGUAAUUAGAUGGCAGUGAUGAAAUUGUGGAGAGGUUCCAUAGAGAGUGUCUUUAGGCAGGUGUGACUCAUCCAACAGCUACCUUGGUUGUUGAUGCAUGGGUGAGGAAGGGAUACAUUUCAGUGGUUAAAGAAGCAGCCAGUUAUGAAGUCUAAAGGUUGCGUUAUGAAAAUGUUCUUUGCAGCACAUAAUUAUCUUUUGCUCAUGAGGUACAUAAUAUCUUACUUCUGGUUACAAUAUAUGAAUUAGCAUUUAUUUUUAUAUACACAUUCUCCCAAGAUCACUGACAUUCAUAAAGUACUUAGGUUUACCUAAACCCCUACUUUACUUCACCUUUAUGCAUGUCAGUGUUUAUGGAAGAAAUUUUGUUUCUGAAAAGGAAAAUGUGAUAUAAUUUAUAUGACAUAUUGAAGUCAGUUUCUCAGCAAAUUACUGUAUUAUGGCUAAUCUGUUCUCAUUACUUUGCACUUCCUCAGUUCUUUAGUUGUUAGUUCAUGUAUAUUGCUGAAGGCAUUGUUCCUUGUUCAGCAAUAUCUGAAUCUGCACAAGGAAGGACCAUCAACAGUUAAAUGAUUUACUCUUAAGAUUUUGUUGAAUGAAAUUUGAUAGUAAAGUUUAUAAACCAAGGUUUGACUGUUAAUGGAUGCUUGUGUGAGCAUAUUAAUUAUUAGCAGUUUGCCAUAGAAAUGUACAUAGUGCCAGUGUUGAUUGAGAUGUUUAUCCAAAUAUAUACCAUGGAGAACUUGGGAAUAGACUUUUGCUAAUAGGAAAUAUAGUUUCAGUAAUAUUGAAAUACUUGAGAUACUCUUGAGUUGUUCAGUGUGGAGAGGAUAAGUUUUAGAAACUGAUGAUACAGUUCAUUUAGUUUUAAGUUUUAGCUAAAAAAAAAUGGCCUUUCUUUGUAAUAAAAAAUUUUUUUUGCUUGUUGCAUUACUAUUCUUUAGAAUCAUAUUGCUGCAUGAUGGCUGUGUAACUGUUGAAAAUUAAAUGCAUACUCUGCAUAGCUUCAUAAACUGAAAUCUGGGCAGAUAAAUGUAUGUGAAGGUGAUGGAAGGUGUAACGAAGUUGGUCAAUCCUGUAUCUUUCAGUCCAGGGUGUAUUUAUCCAAUUCUAUACAAUAGUUUGGAAUUUUGGAUAAAAUAUGAAUAUAUAUAAAUAUGUAUAUUGUAAGUGUGAA